AUGAACAAAUUAUUUCAAGAGGCCCUUUUUGAACCAGCUACAUCAUCUCAUGGAUUCCCUGGUAGAUGGGAACCACACUGCAGUGACAAGUUCAUUUUAUUGGGCUUAACAGAAGAUCCUACCCUUCGGGUCACUCCCUUCAUGAUCGUUGUAUGGAUCUAUCUGGUGACCAUGUCUGGCAAUCUCAGCACAAUCAUCCUGAUCAGAAUCUCUGCUCAGCUCCAUCAUCCUAUGUAUGUUUUCCUGAACCACUUGGCUUUGACUGACAUAGGCUUUUCAUCCUCUGUCGCACCCAAUAUGCUUAUAAACUUCCUGGUGGAGAGAUACACAAUCUCCUAUCUUGGAUGUGCCAUCCAGCUUGGUUCAGUUGUUUUCUUUGGGUCAGCUGAGUGCUGUCUUCUGGCUGCCAUGGCCUAUGAUCGCUUUAUAGCAAUCUGCAACCCACUGCUUUAUUUAACUAAAAUGUCCAUCCAAGUCUGUGUCCAGCUAUUCACUGCGGCUUGUGUAUGUGGUUUUCUCAAUACUUGUUGUUGUACUAUUUUCUUUGAUUCCUUAUACUUCUGUGGACCAAAUCAGGUCAAUCAUUUUUUCUGCGACUUUGCUCCUUUAGUUGAACUUUCCUGUUCUGAUGUCAGUAUCCCUGCAGUGGUCCCCUCCUUUUCUGCUGGCUCCAUCAUUGUGGUCACAGUGAUUGUCAUAGCCAUCUCCUACAUCUACAUCCUCAUCACCAUCUUGAAGAUGCACUCAACUCAGGGCCGUCACAAGGCCUUCUCCACCUGCACCUCCCACCUGACUGCAGUCACUCUGUUCUAUGGGACCACUACAUUCAUUUAUGUGAUGCCCAAGUCCAGCUACUCUACUGACCAGAACAAGGUGGUAUCUGUGUUCUACAUGGUGGUGAUCCCCAUGUUGAACCCCCUCAUCUACAGUCUCAGGAAUAAUGAGAUUAAGGCUGCUCUCAAGAGACAGGUUGGUAGAAAAAUAUUUUCUCAAUGA